UUGGACAGACUCAGUAAAGCUCCCUGUGAUUGGCCGAGGAGGGCCAUGUUUGCAUUUCCAGCUGUCUAGAUGCGGGCCAGCUAACCGGUUAGCUGUCUGAGGUACAUUUGCCUCUUUAUUCGGGGUAAUAAAUUAACAGCCCUUCCACCCUUCGUCAACACCGGUUUAUCUGGAAGUCGCAAUGCCGGUUCACUCCCGGGAGAAGAAAGAAAGUAACCACGAAGAAAUGGAGGUGGAUUUUCCCGAGCAAGACGGCAGCAGCACAGACGAGGAGGACACUGUUAGCUCGUCCGUGUCUGAAGAUGGAGACAGCUCGGAGAUGGAUGAUGAGGACUGUGAGAGGAGGAGGAUGGAGUGUCUGGAUGAGAUGACCACCCUGGAGAAACAGUUCACUGACCUCAAGGAGCAGUUGUACAAGGAGCGCCUGAGCCAGGUGGAUAUCAAGCUGCAGGAGGUAAUGGCUGGCUGUGCCCAAGAGUACCUGGAACCUUUAGCCAACCUGCAGGAGAACAUGCAGAUCAGGACCAAAGUUGCUGGGAUCUACAGGGAGCUGUGCUUGGAGUCAGUGAAGAACAAGUACGAGUGUGAGAUCCAGGCUGCGUGCCAACACUGGGAGAGUGAGAAGCUGCUGCUGUUUGACACUGUGCAGAGUGAACUGGAGGAGAAGAUAAGAAGAUUGGAGGAAGACCGACACAGUAUUGACAUCACCUCAGAGUUGUGGAAUGAUGGAUUGCACUCGCGGAAGAACAAGAAAAAAGACCCGUUCUGCCCCGUCAAGAAGAAGAAGCCCGUUGUUGUGUCUGGGCCUUAUAUUGUUUACAUGCUGCAAGAUCUUGAUAUUCUGGAAGACUGGACGGCGAUAAGAAAGGCGAUGGCAUCACUGGGGCCACACAGGGUGAAGGUGGAUGUCCCUGCAGUCAAGCCUGACAGACAUCACCAUGUGGCGCGCUUCGAGGACGGUCGACUUUUCUACGACAACCAGUGGUACUGCAGGGGACAGGCCAUCUGUAUCAACAGGAAGGACGAGUACCCGGCUAGUGCCAUCAUCACCACCAUCAACACAGACGAGGUGUGGUUCAAGCGACUGGACGGCACCAAGUCAAAGCUGUACAUCUCCCAGCUGCAGAAAGGCAAAUACACGAUCAAGCACUCGUAAAAACACACACGUACAAACCAUCAUCUCUGCCGUGUGGUACCUUUCUACAUUCUUGCCACAUGUACCCCCCCGCUGUGUUUAAGUAACUUAAAAACAAACGAAUAUCAGCUGACCUUGAUCUAGUCUUAAGGAGACGAUAUCUGUAAAUAUGUAUGUAUGUGGAUAUUAUCAAACAUCACAAAGUGUCAUUUUCUCUCGAACGGAGAUCAAAUGCAAAGUGCUGCUAAGAAACAAAAACAAAGGGAGGAACCGGAGCAGGAGCGAACUUUGAAGCGUGGAGCUCAGCUGCGUGCCUUUCUGAGACGACGCCUGUCCUGAACUAUCAAUGCCAAUGCAGUGAAGCCUUACACUGUACUGUGUGAGCACCCAGAAGGACUGAAGCAGGUCAAUGGCAGAGUGAGGGAGAAUCCCCGAUCCAGGUGAGCAUGCCGUCAGCGGUGUGUUUGAUUUGCCUCUCUGGACGCGCCGGUUAGACUUGAAUUUCAUGCUCUAUAGAGCCGAAUAAUUCUGUAUCAGGAUCCCCAGGGUCCCCUGUUUGAGAAGAAAAAGAGUUGCACAAGUGUCAAUAUUUGGGGAGUUGGGGAAUGAUUAAUCAAUUUUGAGUAAAUGGUUUUAUUGUGAAUAUAGUGAGAUACAAUUAUUCUUCAAGAACACCCGGGGGUAUUUUUGAAAGGCCCUCGGGGAGCCGCUGUACUAAAUGAUGAUUUGAUGUUUUAGUGUGAUUUUCACAGCACUAUAUAUUUUAAGUUCAAACCAAGGCCAGCCCCAUGCACUAAGGAAAAUAUUGAAGUGUAAAACUGUACUUUAAGCAUACAGCAAUGGAAGGUGGCCUGUAAAUAGAGAUGUCUUUACGUCACUGUGAUUCUUCCCUCCGUUUCUUAUCAUGCUGCCAUGCGUCUCAUAGUGCCUACUGUAGAACUUAACAUUUAGGCAGGGUCAAGGCUUAAAGGGACAGUUUGAAUAUGUUCAAAGUGGGGUGUCAUGGUACUUAUUCGUACUCCGUAGAUGACGGUCGGCACGCCCACAGGUUGGUGAGACAGACAAGCGUACGGGCACAGGAGCAAAGCAAGGAACUGCUGUGGACGGGGGCAGCAGCAAAACGUAUUUUAGCCACCUAAAACAAUGCAUAUCAGUUGAAGAGUAAAUCUCUGGUGAACCCAAACUAAACCUUUUUAAAACACCAAAGUCGCACAAUAACAAACUAACUAACCGAUCGAGGCAGCGGUACACCAGAACCCUCAAAGAUAAUGGCUUCAGUAAAGAUGACUGACGGCAACGUAAAGUGUUUUAAGUGGCUGAAACACGUGUUCUUGCUGCCCCUGUCCACAGCACUACGUCGCUAAGCUUCCUUGUUGGUGCCCCUGUCUUUUGGGGGGGAUAGGUACCUUAUACAACCCCAAUUCAAACAAUCUGAAUUAUCCCUUUAAGUUGUCUACGCCACAGGUGUCAACCUCAUCUUUUGUCUGUGGUGGUGGGCUCAUAACGGCCUAAAAUGUGUCAUUCAUAGUGACAUCUUUUAGUUUAGUUUUGUCUUUAUUCAACCAAUUUGAUGCGCUCUGAUUGAAAUAGCUGGAAGGAUUGGUUAAGUCCUUCAGUGUAAAUGUUACACCUGAAAAAUCCAAAGUAUCUCCCAUUCUCUGGCCUCUCCUCUCGUCCGUGUUAUUUCCUCUCACUUCUCUUUACAUAUUUCCUGGUGUCAUCUUGCCAUCUGUAAAAAUGUCCUGAACAUUUCUGUAUUAACAGUUCAAUGGGAUUUUCUUUGUGAGCAAUCCGUCCAAUCGAACCUUCUGAGAACGUGUAAGUUAUGCUGGAUUCAAUGACUAGAAUCUCGCUUUGUGUUGUAUGUGCUUUAUAUUUUCAGCAUUGCAUAUAUAUUUCAAAGUAUUACCUGCCAACAGUAUUGUAAAGAGAGGUGCUUGUAACGUCAUAUCAUGAACAUGAACAAAGUGUCUGUGAAGCCUGACGAGGCAUCCACUGAGGAGAACUUUUUAUACUUUGUUUCUGUUUUGUUUUUACCUUUUUAUGCAUUACUGUUCCUUUUUCAACAUUUGAGGAAAAAAAUAAAUAAACAUGUGACAUCGUGCCAAUGCAUGUACAGCUGAUUAAAGAUUUUGUUUGUACCAUUUGAA